UCGCUCCACCUGAUAUACGCAGCAGAAUUUGUUACUAACGUGCUACUCUGGAAUUCUCAGUUAUUGUGCCAUAGCAUAGACACGCUCUCAGACGCCGGCAUGGGUUUUGUCAAGUCUCUACCCCGGCCUGUGGCUGCCUUGUACCCCUCCGUGCUACUGAGCCUGGUGCUAGGUUACUGGGUGUCCCUUACACCUGCUGUAGACAGCUAUCUCCGUCAGAACGUUCAGCCAAUUCUUCAGGAUACGUCAGUAUGGAGGUCAUCAGGUCGCUUCCUUCAGACACAGUGGGAGUGGGUGUACGAAUCCUUCCGCGAUGAGUACCAACUCGCCACUGUCGGAACAACUCUUGUCAUCAUUGUGUGCAUGUUGAUGAUGACGUCACUGUACACGUACAUGGACCUGACGGGCCGCCCUGCUGUACUCGUCCGGUACAAGAUCCAGCCCAACGUCAACCCGCCACCUGUUGACCCUGCAUUGUUCGCAAAGGUUGGACUACAGCUGAUUCCCAACACACUCCUGACGAUAGCGAUAAUCUACCUCCUCCAACCUGUGAUGGUAUGGCGUGGUAUGGAGUUCAGCAAGAAACUCCCGUCUCUAUGGCGCCUGUUACUAGAUUUCCCUGUCUGCGUUCUUAUGCAGGAGAUAGGCUUCUACUAUGCGCACCGACUGGUGCACGUCCCCUACUUGUACAAACGUAUCCACAAGAAGCAUCACGAGUUCACGGCGCCCAUGAGUGUGGUGGCACCGUACUGCCAUCCUUUCGAACACGUCACCAGUAAUGUCAUCCCGCUGUUCACCGGGCCCAUUCUUUCCGGGUGUCACGUGAUCACCAUGUGGCUGUGGUUGGCGUAUUUGAUUUACGAGACUACCACAGGCCAUUCCGGAUACCACCUGCCGUUUUCCAAGUCUCCGGAGUUUCACGAUUUUCAUCACGCAAAAUUUAAUUAUAACUACGGCACAAUCGGUUUGCUGGACUGGCUGCAUGGCACCGACUCUGCCUUCCGGCACAGCACCGCCUGGAAGCGUCACCGCAUCCUGUUUGGUAUUACUCCGCUCUCCGCAUCUAUCCCGGACAUCAAGAAGGAAUGAAUUGAAAGAGACAUAGUGAUGUUAUUGAACAACAAAAACGUCCAUAAAAGUCAACAGAAAGUUAAUGGUAUUUUGAGCUAGCAAAAACAUCAAAACUAUGCGAUACAUUCGAGACAAAAUAUACGACACAAAAACCACGAAUAAAAAAUAAAG